CCGGUUCGAUCCCCGGCAACGGCGAACUUUUUAUUUUUUGUAAUAUUUCAGAUCCAAAAUGAUUCCUCCUCCUACCUUCCUCGAAUCUUCUUUUUUUUCUUCUUGUAGGGUUUAUGCUUGUAUGUCAUCCCCCAAAAUCUGAAGCGAAAGAUGAACUUUUGUGCUUCUUCCAUGUCAUCAAUAACGUUCUCCAGGCGGUGCUUGUCAAAUCCCCUAAUCUCCGUGUCUUCUUCGUCUUGCAUUAUGUCUCUCUUGUCCAUUAAAAAUUGUUCAGCUUCCGUAACCACCGUCACUGGUGCAUCACCCGCCACAGAGUCAACGAAGCCAAAGCAGAAGAAGGAACCUUGGUUAAUUGUUGGCCUCGGCAAUCCGGGCAAGAAGUUCUCUUCCACCCGCCACAAUGUGGGCUUUGAGAUGGUUGAUACUAUAGCUGAAGCCGAAGGGAUAUCUAUGAGCAGCGUUUCCUUCAAAGCCCUAUUUGGGAAAGGUUUUAUAGGUGAUGUACCAGUUCUACUUGCAAAACCACAGACUUUUAUGAAUUUAAGUGGUGAAUCUGUUGGGGCCAUAGUUUCAUAUUACAAGAUUCCAUUGAAGCAAGUACUUGUGAUCUUUGAUGACUUGGAUCUGCCUUUUGCUAAAUUGCGGCUGCUACCAAAGGGUGGACAUGGAGGUCACAAUGGAAUGAAGAGUGUUAUUAAUCACUUCAAAGGGAAUGUUGGUUUUCCCCGUUUAAGAAUUGGCAUUGGACGGCCUCCUGGAAAAAUGGAUCCUGUAGCAUUUGUUCUUCGCCCGUUCACUAAACAGGAAAGGGAAGAGUUGAAUUUUACAUUACAACAUGGAUUAGAAGCCGUGCGGAUUCUUUUGCUGGAGGGAUUUGAUAAAAGUGCAACAUUUGUUAAUAGUGCCAAAAAGAUAGAGCAAAUGGGUUGAGUUAUUACUGACUUCAAAGAUACUUUUGGCAAGUACAAACAUACAGGAUCGUGAUGCAAGGAGAUAAAGUUAACUUAACGGACCAAACCCUUUCAAGGAUUUGUUGUAGAUACCAUAGACCUAUGCUUGAGCAACUAUUCAUCCAUUCUUUCAGAAAGCAGUUAUAGCACCAUGAAUUCGAACCUGAUUGUUGGGAUCUUCAGGUACUUGUAAGUAUACCUACUUUUCUGUGUGAUCAAUUUUGAGCAGUUCAAGCACAGUGAAUUCUGAUAUGACGUUAUGGAAUUAUUAAGGAAUUGUAGGUACGUUUUGUUACAUAUAAGAUCACCUUCAUUUGGAUCACCUUCAUUAAGGAAUUAUUAAAUGACUUGAUUCACAACUCUGCCUAUCCCG